AUGGAACUCCAACAAGAAGCCAUUGAAUCCCAACCACCCGUCAGUUUGUUCUCAGACAAAGCGGAGAAGUCUCUUCUUACUCGGAAACAGCAGCGUUAUACAGAGAGUGGCUAUGAUUACAAACGUAAAGACUGGCUCAACAUUCUUACGUUGAUUGCUGGUAUUUUCGUUCCUUUAAUUUUCCUCAUCAUGUUCUUUAUCGACGUUUUCUCACGAAAUGUGUUCGACCGUAUUUGGGGGUGGAGGCACCUUACUGCCCUCUUCGUGUGGUUCUUUCUUUUAUUUACUGCUCUCUACAUUGUCACCUGGUUAUAA